AUGGCUCAGCAAUCACGGGAAUACGAGCUAAUCUUGCUGGGGGCGACGGGUUACACUGGAAAACUUGUUGCGGAAUGGGUCACCACCCAUCUGCCGGACGAUCUGAAGUGGGCUGUCGCAGGACGUAAUGCGAAGAAGUUGCAGGGCGUAGUUGACGAGCUGACGAAGCUGAGGCCAAAUCGCAAGCAGCCAGCCAUCGAGACAUGCGAGCUUGAGCGUCAGCAAUUGGAGGCUCUUGUCAAGAAGACGACACUCAUCAUCACGACAGUAGGCCCCUUCAUGCACUACGGUGAGCCUGUCCUUGCCGCCUGUGUCAACAAUGGCACGCACUAUCUGGACUCUACUGGUGAAGUGCCAUGGAUCUACGACAUGGUCGCCAAGUACGAUGAGCUUGCGAAGAAGAACAAAACUAUUAUUAUACCCGAGUGUGGUCUCGACUCCGUCCCUGCGGACAUCAUGGCGUAUGUGCUCGCGCGGGAGGUGCGCAAGCGCCACAACGCCCCCUGCGAGCGCGCCAUCAUGACACUGUACGACUUCAAGUCCGGUAUCAGUGGCGGAACAUCCCUCACCAUGUUGGAGCUCUUCAAGAAGUACUCUCUCAGCCAUCUCGGAAAGUCAAUGCACCCAUACUCUCUGUCGCCCGUCAACGCAGACAACGUUGUCGCAUCACCAUCGGGAAGCUUUCCGUACAACCUUUUCGGCCUGCAAACCAUUCCCGAACUCGGAGGUAUUCAGACGACUGGACUCAUGGCGAGUGUCGACGUGUGCAUUGCGCAUCGCUCAUGGGGUCUGUACCAGUCCUCCGGUGACAAGACACUACAGUACGGCCCCAAGUUUCGCUUCAACGAGUACGCGCGUGCACCCAAUCUGUUCUUCGGUUUUGCGCAAAAAGUGGUUCUUACCUCAGUCGCUGUUCUGCUUGCCAUUCCAGUAACGCGCUGGUUGCUUGAACCUCUUCUCAAGGUGGUCAUCCCAAGCCCUGGUCAGGGACCGUCAAAGGAGAGCAUGAAGAAGGACUUCAUGCACUACCGUGGAGUUGGCAGUACCGAAGAUGGGAGGAAGGUGAUUGCGAACCUUGAAGUCGCGCAUGGUGGUUAUGUUGCAACAGCAAUGACACUCAGUGCUGCUGCUAAAGUUAUCCUCCGGGGCAGGCUGGAGGAGAGCGAAGCGGGAAAGCUCGGAGGUGGCAUCCUGACACCUGCGACACUAGGAGAUCAAUAUGUGAAGACACUGAACGAGUUCGGUAUGAAGAUCAGGGUAGACGAUUAG